UUUUGAAGCGAUAAAAAAUUGAAAGAACAAAGCCGUCCGCGGUUAGAUGGUUAGCGAACAAAACUGUAAAAUUCGAGUUGUUUAGAUACAUUUGGUGUGCAUUAGUUACUAUGUUUUAAACACACCUGUCGCAUCUACCCAAUUUAAUGUAAUAUUUACAUAUUAGUCAGCUAGCUGGCUGGUUAGAUUUGCUGUAGGAAUAGUCUAAUCGCUUAUGCUAACUAGCUAGCCAACAUCCCCCGCCAUGAGCUCUGUCAGCUACUCCCCUCCCGCUGAAGAAGAGGUCUGCUGGACGAAUAAACAGGGCCUGUGGCUGAAUAUUGUCGUUAAAGACGAGAAUAAAGAGGAGGAUAUCACAGUGAAACAAGAAGAAAAGGAGGAUGUCACAGUGAAAAUAGAGGAAGGAGCGUUUGAAGUGAAAGAGGAGAAAGAAGAUAUUUUGUAUGAUUCCGCGUUUGGACUGAAGGAGGAGGGAGAGAUUACUUUGACAUUAAAAGAAGAACAACAGGAGGAAAUCGAAAAUCGGAUUACCACCAGAGAAACACCAGACUCUCAAUCUGAAUGUGGGAGGAGUCCGUCAGGGCGACCAAACCCAGAUACGUCACAUGAGAUACUACACUCUGGAGAGAAGCAUCACCAAUGUUCAGAGUGUGGAAAGAGAUUUGUGCUGCUUUCGCUACUGAAGAAGCAUGAGAAGACACACACAGGAGAGAAGCUUUUUGAAUGCUCCAAGUGUGGAAAGAGAUUUGCAGAGAUUGGAUUUCUAAGAAGGCAUGAGGGAAUACAUACAGCAAAAAAAACGUUCCAUUGCUUCCAGUGUGGAAAUGAUUUUACCUGUUCAAGAAAUCUGAAAUUACAUGAGAGUAUACAUACAGGAGAAAAGCCGUUUCCCUGUUCUCAUUGUGGGAAAAGGUUUAUCAAUUCAUCGCGUUUGAAAGGUCACGAGAAACGACACUCUGGAGAAAAGCCUCACCAAUGCUCCCAGUGCGGAAAGAGAUUUCUUCUGUCAUCACAUCUGAAAAUUCAUGAGAGGACACACACAGAUGAGAAACCCUUUGAAUGUUCCCAGUGUGGAAAGAGUUUUACCCAGUCAGCCCAUCUGAAAAGACAUCAGACAACACACCUAGAAGAGAAGCCCUUUGAAUGCUCUCAGUGUGGGAAGAGCUUUAAAGAGUUGGGGUCACUAAAAAGGCAUGAGAUAAUCCACACAGGAAAAAAACCUUUCCAUUGCACCCAGUGUGGAAAGGAUUUUAUGUGUUUAAGGAACCUGAAAUCACAUGAGAGAAUACACACAGGAGAAAAACCGUUUCACUGCGCUCAAUGUGGAAAAGGUUUUAGCUGUUUACAGACCCUUAAAGUUCAUGAGCGACUACACACAGGCGAAAAGCCUUUUCGCUGCUCUCAGUGUGGAAAAGGUUUUCACUGUUUACAGACUAUGAAAGUUCAUGAGCGACUACACACAGGAGAAAAGUGCUACAACUGUUCUCAAUGCGGAAAGAGAUUUGUCAGUUUAGGGACCCUUAAAAAGCAUGAAAUUAUACACACAGGAGAGAAACCCUUUCAUUGCACCCAUUGUGGAAAGAGUUUUUCCCAGGCAGGACAGCUGAAAAGGCAUGAAAGGACACACACAGGAGAGAAGCCUUACAAAUGCUCUCACUGUGGAAAGGGUUUCGCAGAAUCAGGAUGCCUGAAAAAACAUGAGCGAGUGCACACAGGAGAAAAGCCUUACAAUUGCUCUCACUGUGGAAAGGGUUUUGCUGCAUCCGGGUACCUGAAAACACACGAGAGGACACACACAGGAGAAAAGCCUUACCACUGCUCCCAGUGUGAAAAGACAUUUACCAAUUCGGGUAGCCUGAAAAAACAUGAGCAAACGCACAGUAAAAAAUAAACCACUGUUCUCACUAUGGGAGAAAAUUGACAUUAAGAGAGCCUAAAACACCUUGUGUAAAGACACCAGAGAAGCCUGUCUCAUUUCCAUGUCAAGACCCCUGUUAUAUUCAGGGGUGACACGUUUGAUCGCAAAUUACUGUUUUGAAUGUUUGUUUUUGGGCUAGAGUCCAAAUGAGCAUUCUGCUCACUGCAUCCUCAAUGGGAGCUGAUGAAGAUUUGGUCUAAAGUUUAUUACUAAUGCAAAUAGUAGCUAAACCUUUCAUCAUAAUUCUAAUGCCAUCCAUUCAAAGUACACUUAUAAUAUUACAAUAUGAUGAGAGCCAGUGUUUUUGACUAAAACUGUAAUUAGCCCAUUUAAGAUCACUAGUUCAAUGUCUGGUCAUCCCUUUGACUACAGCAUUUGUGGAAUGUUGGUGACCAUGGAAACGACGCAACCAACUGACUGAGGUGAAAUCCCUAAAUAGAAAAGGGUAGCCUUGUCAUCCUCCCAGGAUACAUAUUUAUUUUGCUGGCAGUGUCAGCAUAUACAAUACAAUUUGGUUUUUGUACAGACACUGGUAUAAUGGAGGGAUGUAAUAUGAUUUAUUGCUGGUGAUAUUGUAUGUUAAUGUGUUACAUAAGGGUUUAUUUAGAAUGACACCCUAGUCUUAAUGGUGACUUUUAAAAAAAUGUGUUGAAUAAGAAUAAGUUGCGAAAGGAAACAAUAACAUGAUAAAAUACUGGGAAAUUUGGGCUGACCUGGGGACAGUUUGGGUGGUAUAGUAAGGACAUUAACAGUGAAGAGUGGAGGUUAUUGGGAAUAAUUAUUACAAUAAUUGAUGGUUUUAAAAUGUAAUAUUUAUUAGUUAGAUUAAAUUAUAUCUUGUAUAAAGGAUGUGUAUUCCAUAUACACAAGGUUGUAGUUUUAAGGUGUGUCUAAUAAGACCUUGUAUUUAGGACAGUGUUGUGUGUGUAAUAAAAUAAUC